GUUUGAAAUGUUGGCCAUCCUGCUCCCGAUCCCCGAACGUCAGUGAAUGUCAUUGUUUUGGCGAAAAUGUCGUCGGGCGUCCUGCUGAAGCUCGCCCAGAAGUUCAACUGUUUCUACCUGACAGGGUAUCAGGCGGCCGAAUGCAAGCCCUUCGUGGUGGAGGGGUGCCAGGUGGGGCUGAUCAGGCCCGAUGUGAUGCGCCAGCUGAUCAACUACCCUGAGGUGUUCCAUGUGAGCCAGGGCUGCGUCGAACUGAACCCCGCUUUCCGCGACUAUGAGACGCGCAGCUGCCAAGUCGACCAGGUGCUGCGCGAGCUGCGGGCCCGGAACGUUUUCGUCACCCUCAAGGGCUGGCGCGACGAGUGCUACGAGGUCAAGACGGACUUUAUGGCGCAAAGUCUGCUUAAAAUGGACCGGUGCGCCACCUGUUUGUUCGGCAUCCGCAACUACGGGGUGACGAUCAACGGGUUCGUGCGCCACCCCCAGAUGGGGCAGUGCCUGUGGUUCCAGAAGAGGGCGGCCACCAAGCAGACGUGGCCCGGCAAGUGGGACUCGAUGGUGAGCGGUGGGCUGUCGGUGGGGCGUGGCAUCAUGGAGACCGCCCACAAGGAGGCCAUGGAGGAGGCGUCCGUGCCCACCGAGCUGCUGAAGCGCCUGUACAGCGCCGGCUGCGUCUCCUUCUACUUCGAGUCCGAGCGGGGGCUGUUCCCCAACACGGAGUUCGUCUUCGAUUUGGAGCUGCCGCCCGAUUUCCGCCCAGUCUGCUCGGAUGGGGAGGUGGAGUGCUUCGAGAUCCUGCCAGUGGGGCAGUGCCUGCGCAAGGUACUGGCGGCUGAUUUUAAGACCACCAGCGCCCCCUGCGUGCUGGAUUUCCUGCUGCGGCACGGCGUCGUCACGCCGGAGAAUGAGCCCGACUACUUGAAGGUGGUCGAGCUGCUGCACGUGCCCCUGCAGUCGAUCUACGCCCCGAAGGGGCGCCCCAGGGAAAAUGGCGUCGCCUAAACCUGCUUGCUGCUAAUCUCGCCACCAUUAAUCCAUAGCUGCUAGGGUUUUUUUCUACUUGAUUGUGAUAUUAUUUGUAAUUUAAUUAUUUAAUUAACUGCAA